GGAAAAGCGGAGCAGACGGAGGAGAGAAGAGGAGAGAGUUUGGGAUAUUUAACCACGACUUUGAAAGAAAGUUGUGAGGAAAUAUGGAGCUCCGUCGGUUCUACUUUUUCUCGUUUUUAUUUAUUAACCAAGUUUUCACCAGCGUACACUCAAAAGAACAGGUUUUACUGGAUAUGAAUGCUUCAGGAUCCGAGCUAGGCUGGUUGACGUUGCCAUAUGAGAAUGGAUGGGAGAUUGUCCAGACGGUGGUGAACGGCACCCUUCUUUACACCUACAGUGUUUGCAGUAUAGAUUCUACUGAACAGGAUAACUGGCUCCGCACAACGUUUGUCCAGAGGCGCCCAGGGGCCUCGCGUGUGUCUGUGGAGCUGCAUUUUGUCGUGCGAGACUGCAACACUUUUGAUGGUGCUUCUGUCGCCUGCAAAGAAACCUUUAACCUUUACAUCUCUGAGGCCGACGCUGAUGUAGGAACCAACUUCCGUAAAGGCCAGUUCAAAAAAGUGGCCACCAUCGCUCCUGAUGAGGUCACACGUGGCCGCGUGCUGAAGGUCAACAAGGAGAUCAGGACAGUGGGGCCUCUGUCUAGAAGGGGCUUCUACCUCGCUUUCCAGGACAUGGGGGCCUGUGUGGCUCUGCUGUCUGUCAGAGUAUACUACAAAACGUGCCCAUCCACAGUGCAGAGCUUGGCGGCCUUCCCGGAGACUGUGGCGGACACCCUUACAAAGGUGGAGGGAGCCUGUGUGGAGCACGCUGUCAGCCAGACCACCCCGAGCAUCUACUGCUCAGCUGACGGUGAAUGGGUGGUUCCUGUGGGCCAGUGCCAGUGUCUAGCAGGCUACGAAACCACCGGGGACUCCUGCCAAGCCUGCAAACCAGGCUACUUCAAGCCAUCUGUAUCGAGCCAGUUAUGUCAGAUUUGUCCUGAUAACACCAAGCCCUCUGCAGCCGGCGCCACAGAGUGUCUAUGUGAGGACGGUUUCUUCCGCUCACCCAGUGACCCUCCUACAUCAGCCUGCUCUGCCCCGCCCAGUGCCCCUCAUGGCCUGAGCUCCACCACCCUGUCAGCAGAGGGCAGGCUGCAGCUGUCCUGGAGCCCACCGCUAGUAACCGGGGGCCGCAGUGACCUCACCUACAGCGUGGUGUGUGAGCACUGCGACGGUGCCUCUUGUGUCCCCUGUGGUGAGAAGAUCCGUUUUGAGCCUGGACCUACAGACCUGCAGGACACGACUGUUGUCGUCAGUGAGCUGGACUCUCAUCUGAACUACACGUUCACUGUGGAGGCUCACAGCGGCGUGUCACAGUUUGGCACGGAGAGGGCCACUGCGAGCAUCACCACAGCACUGGACUACACAGAUCCCCCCAAGGUGACGCUGAUCCAUCUGGAUGAUCGUGGCCCCACCAGUCUGUCUCUGUCCUGGUCCCUGUCUCGCAGGCCUCCAGCCCACAUCAAUCACCGCUAUGAGCUUAUGUACCGCAGAAAAGAUGAUGACGGCGAACGGGAUGUGACCACCUUCACAGUCUUGAUUUUGGAGAAAAGCUCAGUCCAGAUUAAUGACCUCACCCCAGACACCUCUUACAUGUUCAGAGUCCAGGCCAUCAGUCCUGAAGGCAACCCGGGCAGCUACAGCGUGGAGCAGGAGUUUCACACUUCACCUUUAGCUGAGUCUCAGGUCCAGAACAACUCCACCAUGGUGAUGGCAGCUGUUGUUGGAGUUGCUGUUAUUCUGGUUGUUGUGGUCGCCGUACUUCUGCUGCGUAAACGGAGAUUAAGGAUUCGUGGCAGAGGAGGACCUGAAGAUCCCUACUUCUCAACAGACCAGCUCAAGCCCCUGAAAACAUAUGUUGAUCCACACAUGUAUGAGGACCCGAACAUUGCCAUCCACAAGUUCGUCACAGAAAUUGACUCCAACGCCAUCAGCAAACAGAAAGUCAUCGGAGUUGGAGAGUUUGGAGAAGUGUUUCGUGGUGUGAUGAAGACUCCCACCCGAGGGGAGGUUGCUGUGGCGAUAAAGACCCUGAAGCCAGGAUACUCGGAGAAACAGAGGCAGGACUUCCUGAGCGAGGCCAGCAUCAUGGGUCAGUUCUCACAUCCAAAUAUCAUCCGCCUGGAGGGAGUUGUCACCAAAUUCAAACAUACCAUGAUAGUGACAGAAUACAUGGAGAAUGGAGCGCUCGACACCUAUCUGAGGGGCCGCGAUGGAGAGAUCCCUUCAUACCAACUUGUUGGGAUGCUUCGUGGAAUAGCUGCUGGGAUGAAAUACCUCUCUGACAUGAGUUACGUCCACCGAGACCUCGCAGGAAGAAAUGUUUUAGUUAACAGCAACCUGGAGUGUAAAGUGUCUGAUUUUGGCCUGUCACGAGUUCUGGAGGACGACGCUGAGGGCACCUACACAACAAGAGGAGGUAAAAUCCCAAUCCGCUGGACCGCCCCCGAGGCCAUAUCAUACAGGAAAUUCACCUCAGCUAGCGAUGUGUGGAGCUUCGGCAUCGUCAUGUGGGAAGUCAUGGCAUUUGGAGAACGGCCCUACUGGGACAUGAGCAAUCAUGAGGUCAUGAAGGCAAUCGACGAGGCCUUCAGACUACCUGCUCCGAUGGACUGUCCAUCUACCGUCUACCAGCUCAUGCUCCAGUGUUGGCAGCAUGACCGCUCCAAGCGACCUCGCUUCUCAGACAUCGUCAACAUUUUGGAUAAACUACUUAGGAGCCCAGAGUCUUUAAAAACCAUUGCCGACUUUGAUCCUCGUGUCUCCAUUCGGCUCCCGAGCACCAGCGGUGGUGACGGCACCAUGUUCAGGUCGGUGCCUGAGUGGCUGGACUCCAUCAAAAUGAGCCAGUACAAUGAAAGCUUUGCUCGUGCUGGGAUCACGACCAUGGAGCAGGUGCUCUCCUUGAGGCAUGAGGACAUCAGGAAUAUUGGAGUGCGACUGCCUGGUCACAUGAAGAGGAUAGCAUACAGCAUCCUGGGUCUGAAAGAUGAGACCAGCUCUCUCAGCGUGUUUGCAGUGUGAUCUAAGCAUUCCUUCAAAUCAAAGUGCACUGACCGACCAUGCCAUUUCACUCGAGGACAAGCAGGACUUUAGUGAGGGGGUGAAACUGAGCUGUGCUGCAGGUUUUUCCCUCCUCUGUUACACCUCUGUGGCACGACUGAAGAGGACACUCAGAAAGGACUGAGAUCAAAAACACUUAUGUACUUUAUUUUAACAGAGGAAAAUGAUUUAUCUUUCUGAACUGAUAGAUUUUAUAUGUUGAAUAUAAAAAGUUUUAUGAUCAAGGAAAGGAAACUAAGUAAGUGCAAAAUAUAAGACAAUGUUAAAGAACUUGUCUGGCAUUUCCUGAAUGACUGAACUAUUUUAGCUCUUCAUGAUAAAGAGCUUUCUCUUCCAAGCACUCACUUUAUCCUGCCAGUGUCUCUGGAUCCUUAAUUUUUUUCUACAGUUUGUGUGAUUAAUGAGACUUUUGUGCAAAUUUGGAAAGAUUAUUCCACUCAGGGUAAAGAAUCAUACAAUAUAUUUUGUAGUUAGUCUCUGAAUCACAUUUUUCCUCAGUUUGUUUGUUUACAUCAUGUCUUAAAAACAACUGUUCAUUUUAUUUAAUAUUUAUUUUGUUGUAUAUUUAUGUCAUUUGUUACAUGAGAAUAUAUGCUGAGAUUAUACCAGGUGAUGUAUUUGUGUUAUAAUAAAAUCAACGUUGCCUUACAGCUGGAUUGCAAUUCUUUUUUAACUUUUGUUGAGUAAUUUGUUAAUAACCUGACAUAUUAUUUUUGAUCAUCCUUUCCAAAGCUGGUAUGAACCCUAUACAUUUUGAUGGCUUUAGACUUGCUCUUUCAUUCAACUUAGUAUUGUAGUAUCUUGUCAACUAACAGAUUCUGUAACAUCAGCCAUUCAGGUUUUUCAGAAUUGUUGAUUUGUGACUUGAACAUCAGUCUUUUCUGCUACAGGUGGGUGAAUUAAGGGAUACUGGAACAACUUUUACAUUUUGAUUUCUAGUUGUCUUUUUGCCAUGACCUUAAAGACAAAAUCCAACCCAUCAAAUAAAGCAGCAUCACACAAAAAUAGAAUAUCAUGUUAGUAAUUUUUUGUUCCUGUGAUUUUCUUCAGACAGUUUACAUUUCCAAAAAUGUUAUAUUAAUCUCAUACAAAGUGAAAUAAUGCAAGACUUUAUUUUUAAUCUUGAUGUUUAUGGCUUACAUCUUGGUGGGUGGAUUGGACAGCUUUCAAACAACCUAAUUCAAAAUACUAAAAUAUAAACAAAAUUUUUGUUUGAUUUGUUGUGGUAGUACAUCAGCUUCAGGUUUCAAGCUGACAAUUUAAUGAGAUGAAAACUAGCAAAAGCUCAUAUCGCUGUCAACACCUGUUGAAAUACAUGGUCAACAUAUUUGCCCUGCCACCCUAUGUAAUGUCCCAGCUAUAAGGGCAUUCAGUUUUAUUAAGAUGUAUAUCAGCUAGAGCACAGAAAAAAAUGAUUCUGAUUUCAUUUAUUAGAUGAGAAAA